UCUUUAAAAGCUUUUCCCAUAUGGAGACUUUCACCAAAUGUGAGCAGCAUGAUGUCAACAGUUACUCAAAAAAAGCAGCAAUCAAGGGGGGUUGGAAAUCAGCCAUUUUUAUCAUUGUUGUGGAAUUCGGAGAGCGAUUUGCUUACUAUGGGGUGUCAGGAAAUCUGAUCACGUACCUGACGGUGGUUCUGAAGCAGCCUUUGGCCACCGCUGCCAAAAAUGUGAACUUGUGGCACGGAGUUUCCGCCAUCUUCCCCAUCCUUGGUGCUUUCCUCGCCGACUCCUUUUUUGGACGCUUCAAAACCAUCGUCUUCUCAUCCCUCACGUAUCUCUUGGGACUGGUAAUGUUAGUAAUAUCCGUAGAAUCAAUUCCGUUGGAGCAUCGCCUACUAGCCUUUUUUGUGGCACUUUACGUGAUCAACAUCGGGGAAGGUGGUCACCGUCCUUGCAUCCAGACCUUCGCUGCCGACCAAUUCGACGACCGUCUCCCAGAGGAGAAAGCAGCCAAGAGUUCGUUUUUCAACUGGUGGUACUUGGGCAUUGUGCUUGGAGCCACUACCUCCAUACUGGUUGUCAUUUACGUUCAGGACAAUGUUGGAUGGGGUUGGGGGUUUGCCAUACCCGCCAUAGUGGUGGCGUUGGCGUUGGGAGUUUUCCUAUUCAGAAAAAAUACUUAUCGCUGCCAGGAUCCCGUUGGUAGCCCAUUUACAAAAGUGGCUCAGGUGAUGGUGGCGGCGUUUAGAAAGCGACGCUUGUUGCCGGAAAACGGUUGGGGCAUGUGUGUCAAGGCAGAAGACACAGUGAUUCAUCCCUUGGCUCAUACCAACCAAUUCAGGUUUUUGGACAAGGCAGCUAUUAUAGAUGAAACCGACGUAUCGUCAGGAAAAAGUAACCAAUGGAGACUUUGCACUGUGAACCAGGUGGAACAGGUGAAGCUCCUCCUGCGGCUGGUCCCAAUAUGGCUAUCUUGCUUGAUGUUUGCGGUGGUCAUAGCGCAACUUAGCACCUUCUACACAAAACAAGCCAGCACCUUAGUCCGCACAAUCGGUUCCACCAACUUCCAACUCCCACCCGCAUCUCUUCAAGUCCUCCCAGGCCUAACCAUCCUAACAGUUGUCCCCCUCUAUGAGCGCAUCCUCAUCCCUACUGCGAGACGCCUCACUGGACACCCCUCUGGAAUCACAAUGCUCCAACGAAUCGGAUUUGGGAUUCUAUUCUCAAUCUUGACUAUGACGGUAUCGGCCAUUGUUGAAACAAAAAGGGUUAGAGUCGCCACAGAGCAUGGAUUACUAGAUAAUCCAAAAGUAGUAGUUCCAAUGAGGGUAUGGUGGCUGGUACCACAGUAUGUAUUGAUGGGUGUCUCAGACGUGUUUGCAAUCGUGGGAUUGCAAGAGUUGUUCUACGAUCAAGUGCCAGAGGAGAUGAGGAGCAUGGGGGCUGCUGCUUAUUUAAGUGUUCUGGGUGUGGGAAGCUUUAUGAGCAGCGCAUUAAUAUCUGUGAUACAAGGAAUUACAGGUGACAAAUGGCUCAAGGGGGAUAAUUUGAAUAGGGCGCACCUUGAUUACUUUUAUUGGGUUUUGGCAUGUUUAAGUGGGUUGAGUUUGGUUUUUUAUGUGGUUUUGGCCAAGGGCUAUGUUUAUAAGGAGGUUCAGAGGGAUGGUGAGGUUUAGUGUACUGUACUGUAAUAUCAGUCAUCAAAUAUUUAUAAAUAACUAAGUUCACAAAA